AUGGCCAAGACGAAUAACCCAGUGGAGAAUUUCAAUCGGCAGUUGAAGAAUCUGCAUCCUCUGCGUAGGCUUCUUCGACUGAAUCCACUGUUUGUAGAACUUUUAGAUGCUGGACGGGUACAAUCUGUUCUUACCGUUCGUUUCGCUGAAUCUCCACGUGCGGCCCCUCAUUUUGUCAGGGACUAUAGGAAGCUGACGUCGAACAAACUACUGAGCGUAACUGAGGUAACACGCGGGGCAAUCAGCUUCAUUACAAGUGGAAGCGACUUCAAGGUUUUUCAGCAAGUCGUGCGAGUUACUUCUCCUCCUACAAAGCCACCGUCGAAAGUGGAAAUUGGGGCCGAUACUGACCGCAAACUCGAGGCCGAACUCCAGACUGUGUUCGGGUGGGAUGUGAAACUUGAAGCCGGGCGCUGUAGCUGUAGAACGAUGUUCAAACUCGGCUGCUACGCAUUUGAUGGCGGUUCAAGCGCAUAA